AUGACUACUCAUAAAGCACAAGGACAGACUAUUGAGCACACCAUUGUGGAUUUUGAAGGCUGCACUGGAACAGAGGCUCCCUAUGUUAUGUUGUCUUGUGUGACCUCACUAGAUGGAUUACUGGUGCUCCAUCCUUUCAAUAAAAAGAAGAUUUGUUGUUGUCAGAGUGAGGAUAUGCAUAUGGAAACCAAACACCAGGGUGUACUUGCACAGCAGACA